UAGUGACGAGGGCGGUGGGGGAGAGCUCCGCCAGCCCUGCGGGGUGAGCAGUCCAUCCCUGGGUCCGGCGGAGCUGAGACACUACAGCCGGAAAACUUCCAUCUCCCUCUCCUGGCUUUGAUCCUCACCGGACAGCAGACCCGAGGCGCCGACCGACCGGAGGGAGGAUGAGAGAUGACCGGUCCUCUGGCAACCUGACCAUCUCCUUAGCAGAGCCUUCCAAAGCGAACCGGAGGCUGGCCACACGACCCAGGAGGCGCCGCGCCUCUUGUGGAUGUGUGUGUAUGAGUGAGCAAGAGGGUGUAUGUGUGAGUGUGUGUAUGUGUGUGUGUGAGUGAGGGUGUGUGAGUGAGGGUGUGUGUGUGUGCGUGUGUGUAUGUGCGCGCUUGUGGUGUGGAUGGGUGUGUGCACAGCACAAUUGUGUGGAAGCGGGUCCGGGUGAGCGUGCACUCGUGUUUGUGUAUGUGUGCGUGCUCUUGGCUGCUAUUAUUAUUAUUAUUUUGGAAGAAAAACCCUGGAAAUCUGGGACAGGUUAUGGUACUCCCAGGGUGAUUUCUCCUUUUGCAAGAGGAGCUGACCAGAGAAAGCCACCAGAGCCAUUUCCCUGCCAGCAGACAGCAUUUUCCUCCCCGAAGAAGGAUUUCUACCCAGCUCUGCAGCCAAGUAAAAGAGAUUAGCCUUGAAACCUGUGAAAUCGACUAUCGCUGUGUGAUUACCCAGGCUUGGGAGAGGACUUGGAAAGAAAAGGAGAAAUAAAUCAAGCAGUCUGUCAGUUCUUUUUGCCACAUCGGAAGAUGUCAUCUCAAACUAAGUUCAAGAAAGACAAAGAGAUCAUUGCCGAAUAUGAAGCCCAAAUAAAAGAGAUCCGCAUGCAGCUGGUGGAGCAGUUCAAAUGCCUGGAGCAGCAGUCAGAGUCGCGGCUGCAGCUGCUGCAAGACCUGCAGGAGUUCUUCCGCAGGAAAGCUGAGAUCGAGCUGGAGUACUCCCGAAGCCUGGAGAAGCUGGCUGAGCGCUUCUCCUCCAAGAUCCGCAGCUCCCGGGAACACCAGUUCAAGAAGGAUCAAUACCUCCUCUCACCCGUGAACUGUUGGUAUCUGGUACUGCAUCAGACCCGGCGGGAGAGCCGAGACCAUGCCACCCUCAAUGACAUCUUCAUGAACAACGUCAUCGUCCGCCUUUCCCAGAUCAGUGAGGAUGUCAUCAGACUCUUCAAAAAGAGCAAAGAGAUUGGCCUGCAGAUGCAUGAGGAGCUGCUGAAGGUGACCAAUGAGCUCUACACAGUCAUGAAAACCUACCACAUGUACCACUCAGAGAGCAUCAGUGCAGAAAGCAAGCUGAAGGAGGCUGAGAAGCAGGAGGAGAAACAGUUCAACAAGUCAGGAGACCUCAGCAUGAACCUGCUCCGGCACGAGGACCGGCCCCAGCGCCGCAGCUCUGUGAAGAAGAUUGAGAAGAUGAAGGAGAAGAGGCAGGCCAAAUACUCCGAGAACAAGCUCAAGUGCACGAAGGCUCGCAAUGACUACCUGCUGAAUCUGGCAGCCACCAACGCAGCCAUCAGCAAAUACUACAUCCACGAUGUGUCCGAUCUCAUUGAUUGCUGUGAUUUGGGCUUUCACGCCAGCCUGGCCCGCACCUUUCGGACCUACCUCUCAGCAGAAUAUAACCUGGAAACCUCUCGCCACGAGGGCUUGGACGUCAUAGAGAACGCCGUGGACAACCUGGACUCCCGGAGCGACAAGCACACGGUCAUGGACAUGUGCAGCCAGGUCUUCUGCCCCCCACUCAAGUUCGAGUUCCAGCCCCACAUGGGGGAUGAGGUGUGCCAGGUCAGCGCACAGCAGCCCGUCCAGACGGAGCUGCUUAUGCGGUACCACCAGCUGCAGUCCAGGCUGGCCACUCUCAAGAUUGAGAAUGAAGAGGUUAGGAAAACCCUAGAUGCUACCAUGCAGACCUUACAGGACAUGCUGACUGUGGAGGACUUCGAUGUCUCUGACGCCUUCCAACACAGCCGAUCUACAGAGUCCAUAAAGUCAGCCGCUUCUGAGACCUACAUGAGCAAAAUCAACAUCGCCAAAAGGAGAGCCAACCAGCAGGAAACAGAGAUGUUUUAUUUCACAAAAUUUAAAGAAUAUGUGAAUGGCAGUAACCUCAUCACCAAGCUGCAAGCCAAGCAUGACUUACUCAAGCAGACACUGGGUGAAGGGGAGAGAGCAGAGUGCGGCACAACCAGCAGAAGAGAUGGAAGGCUUAGGCCGCCCCACUUCCCCUGGCUGAGCUGCCCCCACCCUCCCCACUUUGUGUCCCACCCAGCGUUCCAAGGAAGAAGAAAUGCUCGAACCAGGAACCAGGAUUCAGGACAAGCUAUACCACUUGUAGUUGAGAGCUGUAUUCGAUUCAUCAAUUUAUAUGGACUCCAGCAGCAGGGAAUAUUCAGAGUUCCAGGGUCUCAAGUUGAAGUCAAUGACAUCAAGAAUUCCUUUGAGAGAGGUGAAGACCCCCUCGUGGACGACCAAAAUGAGCGAGAUAUCAAUUCAGUCGCUGGUGUUUUAAAACUGUAUUUCCGAGGACUGGAAAACCCACUCUUUCCUAAGGAAAGGUUUCAAGAUUUGAUAUCUACUAUUAAACUGGAGAACCCAGCUGACAGGGUGCACCCAAUCCAGCAGAUCCUCAUCACCCUGCCCCGCGUGGUCAUCGUGGUCAUGAGAUACCUCUUUGCUUUCCUCAAUCACCUUUCCCAGUACAGUGAUGAGAACAUGAUGGAUCCCUACAACUUGGCCAUCUGCUUUGGGCCCACCCUCAUGCACAUCCCUGAUGGGCAGGACCCUGUAUCCUGCCAGGCGCAUGUCAAUGAAGUCAUCAAAACCAUCAUCAUCCACCAUGAAGCCAUCUUCCCCAGCCCGCGGGAGCUAGAGGGACCUGUGUACGAAAAAUGCAUGGCUGGAGGGGAAGAAUACUGUGACAGCCCACACAGUGAGCCAGGGACCAUUGAUGAAGUUGACCAUGACAAUGGCACAGAGCCUCACACCAGUGAUGAAGAAGUGGAGCAGAUCGAGGCCAUCGCCAAGUUUGACUAUGUGGGGCGGUCCCCUCGUGAGCUGUCCUUCAAAAAAGGGGCCUCAUUGCUCCUGUACCACCGUGCCUCAGAGGACUGGUGGGAGGGCCGUCACAAUGGUGUGGAUGGACUCAUCCCUCAUCAGUACAUAGUUGUACAGGACAUGGACGAUGCCUUCUCCGACAGCCUGAGCCAAAAGGCUGACAGUGAGGCCAGCAGUGGGCCACUGCUGGAUGACAAGGCCUCCUCCAAGAAUGACCUCCAGUCCCCCACAGAGCACAUCUCUGAUUACGGCUUUGGGGGGGUGAUGGGCCGAGUGCGACUACGGUCUGACGGAGCGGCCAUCCCCAGGCGCCGAAGCGGGGGCGACACACACAGCCCACCCCGGGGCUUGGGUCCCAGCAUAGACACGCCACCCCGAGCUGCUGCCUGCCCCAGCAGCCCCCACAAAAUCCCACUCAGCCGGGGACGGAUUGAGAGCCCUGAGAAGAGGAGGAUGGCGACAUUCGGGAGCGCUGGCAGCAUCAACUACCCUGACAAGAAGGCGUUGGCAGAAGGGCUCUCCAUGAGGUCGACUUGCGGCUCCACCCGGCACAGCAGCCUAGGGGACCACAAGUCCCUGGAGGCUGAGGCCCUGGCAGAAGACAUCGAGAAGACCAUGAGCACAGCCUUGCAUGAGUUGCGGGAACUUGAGAGACAGAACACUGUCAAGCAGGCGCCAGAUGUGGUGCUGGACACCCUGGAGCCCCUGAAGAAUCCACCAGGCCCCAUCAGCUCGGAGCCUGCCAGCCCCCUGCACACCAUUGUCAUCCGAGACCCUGACGCAGCCAUGCGCCGCAGCAGCAGCUCAUCCACCGAGAUGAUGACCACCUUCAAGCCUGCCCUGUCGGCUCGACUGGCUGGUGCCCAGCUGCGUCCACCCCCGAUGCGUCCGGUCAGACCCGUGGUCCAGCACCGAUCCUCCAGCAGCAGCAGCUCGGGCGUGGGCAGCCCGGCCGUGACACCUACUGAGAAGAUGUUCCCCAACAGCUCCUCGGACAAGUCUGGCACUAUGUGACCUGCAGGACUGGUGACACCGCCGUGGCCCACUGCAGCACACCAUGGCCUCGGGUGGCCUCGGUGGCUUCCACUUGCUUCCCAGGGAUCUCCUGGCCUUGGAGGGCAGAUCCUAGAAGGUCAGCCUGGGAGGGUGUAUGUCUGUGGAGAGCAGAGGCCCAGGCAUUAGCUGCACCUCAGACUCAGCCAUGUGAAUGCCACAGACCUCUUGUGGGCAAAUAGACAUGCCAAGGAAUGCUGGAGCAAGAUCAGCCCCAGGGACAGUGUUUCCUAAGAUUGAGGCAGAUGCUUACCAGCUUCUCAUGUUGUCACUGGAAAAUUAUUCUCUCGAUAGUCUCUACAUACGUAUAUAUGUGUGUGUAUAUAAAUACGUGCAUAUAUACGCAUAUGUGUACGUAUGUGUCUGUAGGUGUGUGUGUAUAUAUAUUUAUGCAUCUAUAUACAUAUACUAGAGAGCUGGACAUACACACAUGCUAACUGUAUAUAGACGCUCCUUUUUUUUUCUUUUUAUGAAACUUAGAUUUACCUCAGACCCAUGCCACCAAACAUCUCCCACUGGUAUUCGGUGGGGUUUGCAGGGACUUCUCUGGGAGAGCUGAGAGGCCCCACAGUAACUGCGAACGAAGCAAUAUACCACUAACCUGCAGAGACACAAAACCAGAAACAGUCUCCAGCUGUCUCCAGAAGUCGUGGCCUUCCAGAACAGUCUGCCCCUCAAGGAAGGGUGGGCAGGCAGUACCCCCAAGCAGGCUGCUCCUAAAGGUGGGGAACCCUUCACAGAAAACCCUCCAUCUGCCCCCAGAGACCCUGCCCUGCCACCCAAAGGCCCAAGGUCAACUGUACCCCGAAAGGCACAGGGGAGGUUGGUGUGAAGACCCUUGGGUUCGUAUGCAGAAACGGGAUGGUGAGAGGCUACACCCCAUCAUACAUAGCACAGCAUCACCUGUGGUUAGGGAAAAAAGAACAACAACAAGUUCCGCAAGAACCCAAACCGUAGCAUGGAGAAGUUCAAACCCCAGACAUGCUGCCGUAAGGAUAAAUCUGUGGUGACUAUAGAAGUUUACUUCUCUCAAAAUAUUUCAUGUUUUUCUUCUUCCUCUUUCUACUAAUUAGGCUAUGUCAGCUUUGGAACUAAAUGGGCAAGGAGGUGUUGAGUCACAGCAUUUCUUUUUCAAGUUAGGCCACAGCACACUGGGCUUCCCCACUGGAACCUGCAGGGAGCCCAGUCAGCCCUUGGCCUCCGUCCUAGCAGGGCUGUGCUGGGAAACACCGUGGGCCGAGAGUUUAUGAAAAUGGAAGUGCUCUUCACCUUCCCUUCCCUUCCCUUCCUUUCCUCUUCUCCCACUUCUUCUAAAGCAGUUAAUGUAGACCAAACAUGGUGGUAGAAACACGGUACGUGAUUCUGCAACAGGACGAAAGCCUUCUGUAUGGCUCUUUUGGGUUCCAUUUUACCUGCACUUUUGCUGGCUCCGUUUUCCAGAUACCUCCAGAUUUUCUGGAGAAUGCAUCACAGGCAAAUCUACCCCUAAAGCGACCAUUUCUACCUUCCCCCUCAUGUCAAACCAAGGAUCUCCCUGCCCCCCCCCGCCCGACAUACACACACACACACACAUACACCCCUUCUGCCUGCCUCUGAGUUUUACAGUACAAAACCCGGAAUUUGAGUCCUAGCUCACAGCAGACAGGAGCUGUGUGACCCUUGGACACAGCACUCCUGUCACCCACAGACACGUUGAGAUGCCAUCCUGGGCAUUUCUUCCCAUUGGGCUUGCGUCCACCAUCUCUUGGGUCCUCCAUUAAAAAGCCACUUGCCCUCUGCCCCAGGGAGGGACCUAGUGAGUCACUGGUACUUGGAUGUGGGGAGGAUCGCUUUCUGCUUUGCCUGGAGGAUCAAGAAUGGACACAAAAUGAGAAUGUUGUCAGAGAGAGGCCUUCCUUCCCUCUCAACUCUUGCUAUGAUGGGCCCUCUGUCUUUGAGCACAUAACGAUAUCUCCAUUUUAUAGUUGAAGAGAGUAAGGCCUGGGGGUGGGCAGGAACCUGGGCAAGACAUGGCAGAUGGCCUAGUAGGCCGUGUGAGGCUCCGGAAACCCUCAUUUCUAAGUGUCUGCUAUCGUUGAUAUGCGUCCAGGAGGUAAGACUUCUCUUUGGUAUCCCAGGGCUUAGUCCCAGAUUUUGACGUCCACUUACCUCCCAGGCAAAAAUGCAACAUUCUCUGCUUGAAUACUGGAUAAGAGAAACAUGGCAUUUACACAUCUUCCCCGACACACCUAAUGCCAGUUAUGCUGUGCAGAUUUGUCUCUGGGUUGACUUGGUUCAUUUUUCCUUACUGCCUCUCCCCAAAUGUCCCGAGAGCAGAGCCUCAGCUGUUUUCCUUAAGCAUCUAUUUUUUCCCCCAUUGGCAAGUGGCUGAUGAGUUCACAUUUGGGGAAGCGCAUGCACAGAUGGCAGACGAGUCCCCAACUCCUCCAACCCCCAAUCUGAGCUUUGAUGCAGAACAAAUGGAAAAACACUGUCCACCCCCAUCCCCAACACACACACUUCUUCAUCUGGUCCCCUGCAUGUCUCAGCUCCCCCAGGCCCCAACUCAGUCCCACCCGUGUCUAUCGAGUGUGAGCAUCUCCCUUCCAGCUCCUGCCUGGUUUUAGUCCACUAUAUAUUGCUGUAUUUGUUAAAUGCUGGAAAGUAACUGUUAAAAUGUGAAACUGUAAUUUUUUUAAAAGAAGGCUACAAUUACAUUAUAGCCAAUGCCACUUACCAAAUCUUUGCACCUAGUAGAUAGAUCAAUGUAAAAACAAAUACCAGAAACCUAAUUGUACAGUGAUUGGGGUGGGGGGUGUAGUAACAUAGUUAGUAGUCCUCAAUAUAGCCAAGCGUGCAAGGGGAAGUGGUGUCUACCAAUGUUCAUCACCAUUAGUGAAAGCUGUACUGAUCAGUUAGUUGAUAACGGGCAUUUAAAAAAAAAUUAUUUUGGCUUCACAGAAUGAUUUCUUAACUUCCAACUCAUCCGAGGUCAAGCCUUUUGUCUUUAUGUAUAACCGGUGUUUAGUCUGUUUUAGGAAUGAACCAGCAAGAUGUUCAUUUAAUUAAAACUGACCAAAGACAAUUAAUUCCUGGUCUAGUUUCCUGGGCACUGUGUGGCCCAGCUGCCACUAAAGACCUUUCUCCGAUCAAUUUGAGAACAAGCUGAGCUUCCGACCCCACACGCCCUCCCCGCCCUCCCUCUCUUCCUCAUCGAGCUGCUCUGAGCUGUGGGAUCCUGGGAACAACUGUCGCCUUCCCUUGUUUUCAGUGCUAACUUUUCACCUUGAAGCGCCUUUUGAACCCCGGACAGAGCACACAACUGGAGGGAAUUGUGGGCUUGGGAGUAAGACCAGAGAGUCUUUUCUCUGAAGUCACUAAAGCAGGGGUCAGGAGGGAAAUGGAUUGAUUCCUAAGGGACGGAAAGGUUUAUGUCCAGUGAAGAAACGAAAUUGGAGUGGGAAGAGACACAGGGAAAUGGAGCCAUCCAUUGGCGACUCGCUGGAACCAGCAGUUCAGAGAUCUGCCUUAUAAACACUUAAAACAUUUGUGGUACACAAAGAGGAGCUGGUGGGAGAGAGACCUGUCCACAGGGCUCCCUUCAUUGGCGUCUCCUGGAGUGCCUUGUUGGGUGCCACCCUCUCUGAUUCAGGAGGCAUGGAUGCAGAGGACAUCUCGUGACCUGGUACCUGGUCAUCGUUGAGUGGCCAGGGCACAUACAUUUGAAACAAGUGAUGGGAAACCCUGAGGACUCACACAAUGGCCCUCCCUCUUAGCCUCUCUCUUCCUAACUUCUCAUCUUCCAGAUGGUUCCACACUAGAGCAAAUGCCUCAUUCUCUUGAGAAACCCGGAAAGGGAUGGAGGGGGUUGGUGCUUCUAGCUGUGAUAGUAGGUUCUGCUGGGCGGGGAGGGAAGGGCUGAGUUCCAAGUGGAGAGUUCCGCCUACUCCAAGCUGCCCAGGGGAACUGCCAGAAGGGACUUCACUGUCAGGCUGAGACCUCCUGGCUGCGCUGAGGUUGACCUGCGCUGAUUCUGUUGUCCCAUCAUCUGGGACUGGCCACACGGCCAUUGCUGACCACUCCUUUCUGUGUGAACUGUCCCAGGCAAAUCACAAAGCUGUUCCUUGAAGUGGAACUGCCAGAGUGCACUUUCCUUCCGAGACGGAAGUGGGUCGAGGCUAGCUCUGUGCCCAGGCCCUCGUUCCAGGCGGUGUGACUGUUUACAUGGUUUGGCAAUAGGUUUGCUUCUGAUUGCUUCAGAGUGGCUGGUCUAUUUUGUUUUCUUUGCUUUCCUUCUUCCCUCAAAUUGUGACAGGAAAAACAAACUGAAACCACCCUAGGGAAUUGCUGGUUGCCUGUCCCCAUGUGAUGCUAACCGUGGCCCUCUUCUGGGUAUCAUUUCUCUACCUUAUGACCAAAUGCCCGUCCUAUAGAGUGUCUGAUUGGAUCCUCUGUUGCGUAUUCUGAUGGUGCCUGCUGGUUUGAUGUGGAGCUAUCCUGUGAAAUAAAACAGCUUAACUUUUUCUCACA